AUGGUAGACUUCAACAAAGAUUUCGAUGAAUAUGAUGCAGAAAAUGAAGACAAAGAUCCUUCCAAAGCUAUAAUCAUUGAUAUACAAGCGACGGAAGAGAAAAAAGAUGAAAUAAAUGCGUUAAAACUUACAGUUGUCCAAGAAACAGAGUUUAGAACAGUCUUGAAACAGAAGCUUUCCUUGGUAACUACAAAUGUCCCAUACAAAUUUUCAUCAGGUUACAAGGAUGCUGACAAGAAGCUAGUUUUGGAUGCCAUUGCCGACUUCAACAACAGAACUUGUGUGCGUUUCGAACCGAGGAAAAAUGAAACGACAUACCUUUUGAUUGACACUGGAUCUGGGUAA